AUGGGCCCACCUUCGGGCGACAGGUUUGCGCAGCCAGCAACGCCAGCGAGGACAGAUAUUGGCAGAUCUUCGAUGACGCGCCCGUAUCUUUCCGGCUACACCGGCUACGGGUACCAAGACCCGCAGUAUGGCAGCACCCAUCUGCAGAGCAGCAGCCCGAUGCAAGGGGUGGAGAUGCAAUACUCACCUGCGUAUCUGUCGCAGGCCUCCAGACAGCAACAGGUCCAAGCCUCUCCCUCACAGCAACAGCACCAGCCUUUUGCGCAGUAUGCGCCCUCGGCCAUGCUUCCGCCGGUAGCACCACAGGCACUCUACGAAAGCAUUCCGUUCCAGCAGCGACAAACGGCGAUCGAGGUUAUGACUAGUCAAUUUGCAAUUCCCCAAUACAUGCAGCAGAGCGAACACGCGGGAGCAACCCUCGGUUCUGGUCCCGCUCAAUACCUGACUUCCCAAGCGGAGCAGAGUAGCUUCGGUCAUGUGGCUGUGACUCGACCAUCUAUGCCUCAAUCUUAUGCCACUGGGCAUGUCGACUUUCCGGUGAUGGAGCAACAGGAGACAGAUGCACCGGCUGUGCUGAGCGGCGUUCAAACGGCCCUUGAAGAGAGUCUGAGGGACUACCAUCAGCAGCUGCGGGCCACUUUCGACGCGAUCAUUGCGGGCCGAGUGACGGCAGCUAGCGAGAAACUGCUCGCUCUCACUCGGUGGCUCGUCAGCUCUGUGGCUGCUUUGGGAUUGCACCAUGACGACGAGACCAGGCAUGCAGAGCGCGUCGACUUCUGGCGAGAGUUGAACUUAUGCUGGGAGGCUUUGGGACAAAAACAGAGAGAAAUCACAGAAGAGGCCGCUAGAAGCAAGAGACCACCCGUGGACAUGCUCUCGGCCAGCAGCAUAACCAGUCUCAUGGACGACUUGGUGGGCAUGUGCGAUCAACUCGAGCAAUACGGCCUCGUGGACUUUGAAAUGGGCAUCUGGGAAGAGCAGAUUGUCCACAUCUUCACGGUCUGCCUCGACCUUCUGCCUCGUGGCGGACUCAAACGACGAGCCAGCGAGAGCCCCGGCUGA